AUGAUCAUCAAGAACGACAAGAUGGACUACGACGACGAUGAAUCCCCAGCGCGAUCGCCUUUUGCAGGACAGAAGCGCAAACUGCGGGAGGUGAGCUCUUCAGACGAGGAAGAAGAAGCUACUGCUCGGCCAUCGUUUGGAUUUCAGCCUUUCCGGCGCGCUGCUUCUCGCUCCGAAUCCCCGCCAACGAUGACCGCCGGCUUGGGUGGCGGCGCUGCUCGAAGCGCCUGGAACAGCACUGCAUCUACCCCAACCGCUACAAUGCAAAGUCGUGGGCGCGGAGGAGGAACUGGUGGAGGUGACAAUAAAGGCGGAUCUACCAUGGGGAAGAACUCAUUUGCGGCCAGGAUGAUGGCGAAGAUGGGUUACGUCGAAGGCCAAGGUUUGGGUGAAGGCGGUCGCGGUAUUGUCAAUCCGAUCGAGGCGCAGGGGCGUCCACAAAGAAUCGGUCUCGGUGCUGUCAAGGAGAAAUCAAAACAGGCAAGAGAGGAGGAAAAGCGACAGGCUGCUGCGAGAGGCGAAGUCAUUGAGGAUAGUUCUGACGAAGGACGACAAAGACGGCAGAAGCGCAAGGCUCAACGGCAUAAAGCUGAUGAUCGUAGUGGAGUAUCAACGCCAGCUGGUCCGCCCAAGACUAGGUUUCGGACAGCCCGAGAAUUGGAGGCGGAGGUCGAAGGUCUUGUUGUGCCUAAUGUGCUCAAGUCACUGGUUGAUGCGACGGGAAGGGAACAGAAAGUUCUGACGUCUACCGCCGGAUUAAUGACUCCUAUGGAAUUCGUGAAUCAAGCAGAAGGAGAAGCUUUGAAGAUUGCUCGGCGUGCACGCCAUGAUCUCGAAGCAUUUGUCGAUGAGUGGAAGGGCCUGACGGAGCGAAAGAAGUUCAUUGACCUGGAGGAAACCCAAGUUGUCGAAGAGAUGGAUAGUUAUCAAGUCAAAUCAGAGCAACUGGCACGUUUGGUAUCGGCUCUCGAAGGCAUCCAGAUAAUGGAACCCAGAGAGACUAUUUUACAACGAUUCGAAGAAGUUACGAGCAAGCUUGAAUUGAUCGAAGUUGAGUAUCGGGAUGUUAUUGACGAAUAUCGGCUUUCGGAUGCAGCUGUAGCUGCCAUUCAUCCUUUGUUCCGCGAAGCCAUGGAGGAGUGGGAGCCCUUGAAAGAUCCCACCUUUCUUGUUGCAGACCUCUCGCGUUUACUCCCCCUUCUUUCUAGGAAAAGUCAGCAGAUUGAAGACGAGCAAGUACAAAGACACCGGCAGUCUACAUCACCCUUUGAAAGUCUCAUAUAUUCUAUUUGGCUUCCUCGCGUACGUUCUGUGCUCUUGAACGAGUGGGACGUCUACGAGCCGUCGCCCGCUACGUCGCUUGUUGUUGCGUGGAAGGAUGUCAUCCCCACUUUUGUCUAUUCGAAUAUCCUCAAUCAAGUCAUAGUGCCUAAGCUUAGCGCUGCAAUUAGGGAGUGGAAACCUCGCAGCAGUCGUCGACAUCCCGACUCAUCACAGGGGUCUCGAUUCCCAUGGUGGCUUUUCACAUGGUUGCAGUACCUGGAUGAACGACACACUAACCCCAGACAUGCAACCGGACUGCUUUCUGAUGUGAGACGAAAGUUCCGCGUCAUCCUAGACACAUGGGAUCUACGAAAGGGUUUGUUGAAUGGGGCUGAUCUAUGGAAAGAGGCUCUUGGCUCAGAGUUUGAUGCUGCCCUUCACAAACACCUACUUCCACGACUCGCGCGUCAUUUGCGAGAAAACUUUGAAGUCAAUCCUCAAGAUCAGAAUUUGACUGCAUUCGAAGAUGUGCUCAAAUGGAAGGAUCUAUUUAAACCAAAGGUCUUCGGUCUACUCCUGGUUGCGGAAUUUUUCCCCAAGUGGCACAAUAUUCUGUAUAUCUGGUUGACGAACGAUCCCAACUUUGAAGAAGUCGCCGAGUGGUUCACAUGGUGGAGAUCUCAGAUCCCCGCGGAUCUCAAUGAGAUCGUCAUGGUCGAUGAGGAAUGGACCCAGGGCCUUAAAAUGAUGGACUUGGCCUCCCAACUCGGCGAUCGUGCCGCAACAGAACUUCCUGCGCCUGAAAAGAUUCCCACAGCAGCACCAAUCACUGCCGCCGGUCUUCAACCUGAAAAGACCGUCCCCGCCAAAGCGGCGAAACCAAAAGCUCCUGUCAAAGAGAUCGCUUUUAAGGAUAUUGUGGAAGAAUGGUGCGCAGAUCAAGGUCUUAUCAUUCUGCCACUGCGAGAAGCGCACCCUCAAAAUGGGCAGCCUUUAUUUCGGAUCACCGCCAGCGCGAGCGGCAAAGGAGGGGUUAUUGCAUUUUUACAGGGAGAUGUUGUCUGGGUGCAGAACCGCAAGGCACGGGAUACCUGGGAGCCGAUGGGUUUGGAGGAUCAAUUGGUCGAACGUGCCGAGGGGAAAUAA